UUCAUUUUUUUUUUCCUUCAAAAAAGUCAGCGUGUAGUAGAAUUUAAUGCGAGUACCUUUUAUCUUUAUCCCAAUGAAAAGAAAAGUAAAAAAAAGUGCGAAAAAUGCUCGAUGCCGACCGAAUUCAUUCCCCAUGGCAGUUACCUUUGCCCACUCUUAACGAAAUCACGCAAAUUAAACUAAAACUCCCACUAAUAGUCGCGCUAGAGAGUCCCUUUUGUCAGAGAGCAGAUCUAAGAAAUAUAGAUCUUCUCUCUGUCUGUUGUUAAAAAUGGAGUACAUAGAUAAUAUGCCGUCCAUGGAUCUGAUGCGCUCUGAGAAGAUGACUUUCGUUCAACUUAUUAUUCCUGCUGAGUCUGCUCAUCGCGCUGUUACUUAUCUUGGCCAACUCGGACUUCUUCAAUUCCGUGAUCUAAAUGCCGAAAAGAGUCCUUUUCAGAGAACAUUUGUAAACCAGGUAAAAAGAUGCGUGGAGAUGUCAAGAAAACUGCGAUAUUUCAAAGAUCAGAUACACAAAGCCGGUCUAUUGCUGCCUCCUCUUCCUGCUUCCCAACCUGAUAUCGAAUUAGAAGAAAUAGAGAUACAACUUGCAGAGCAUGAACAUGAGUUGAUUGAAAUGAAUGCCAAUAGUGAGAAAUUGCGGCAGUCAUAUAAUGAGCUGCUAGAGUUUAAGAUGGUAUUGCAGAAGGCUAGUGGCUUCCUUGUUUCAAGCAGUAGUCAUACAACUGAUCGGGAAAUAGAAUUGGAUGAAAAUGUAUACUCGAAUGAUAACCAUGCAGAUACAGUAUCAUUACUUGAGCAGGAGAUGCGUUCAGAACUGUCAAAUCAGUCUGGAGUGAGAUUUAUUAGUGGCAUUAUCUGCAAGUCCAAGGUUCUUCAAUUUGAAAGAAUGCUAUUUCGUGCUACAAGGGGUAAUAUGCUUUUCAAUCAGGCAGUUGCUGAUGAAGAAAUACUGGAUCCUUCGUCAAACGAAAUGGUUGAGAAGAUAGUCUUUGUAGUAUUCUUUUCAGGUGAGCAGGCGAGAACAAAAAUACUGAAAAUUUGUGAGGCAUUUGGUGCAAAUUGCUAUCCUGUUCCUGAAGACACGACAAAGAGGAGGCAGAUUACUCAAGAAGUUUUGUCUCGGCUAUCUGAAUUAGAGACCACCCUGCAUGCUGGACUGCACCAUAGAGAUAAGGCUUUGACCUCCAUCGGAUACCACCUUGCAAAAUGGAUAAACAUGGUUAAAACACAAAAGGCUGUGUAUGACACAUUAAAUAUGCUGAAUUUUGAUGUUACAAAGAAGUGUCUAGUGGGUGAGGGCUGGUGUCCAAUUUUUGCAAAGACCAAGAUACAAGAGGCUUUGCAACGUGCAACAUUUGAUAGCAGUUCACAAGUGGGCAUUAUAUUUCAUGUGAUGGAUGCCGUGGAGUCACCUCCAACAUACUUUAGGACAAACCGUUUCACAAAUGCAUUUCAAGAAAUUGUUGACGCGUAUGGUGUUGCCAAAUACGAGGAGGCAAAUCCAGCUGUUUAUACCAUUGUCACAUUUCCUUUCCUUUUUGCUGUGAUGUUUGGGGACUGGGGUCAUGGGAUCUGCUUGCUCUUGGGAGCAUUAGUUCUUAUCGCAAGGGAAAGCAAACUUAGCUCUCAGAAACUAGGCAGCUUCAUGGAGAUGCUCUUUGGUGGUCGCUAUGUACUCCUGUUGAUGUCAAUAUUUUCAAUUUACUGUGGCUUGAUAUAUAAUGAAUUCUUCUCAGUUCCCUUUCACAUAUUUGGUGACUCAGCGUACAAAUGCCGAGAUGCUACAUGCAGUAAUGCACAAACAGUUGGUUUAAUAAAAUACAAGGAUCCAUAUCCAUUUGGCGUGGACCCAAGCUGGAGAGGCAGCCGCUCAGAGCUUCCUUUCUUGAAUUCUCUGAAGAUGAAGAUGUCUAUUUUGUUGGGUGUGGCCCAGAUGAAUCUCGGAAUUAUUAUAAGUUAUUUCAAUGCACGUUUCUUCAGCAGCUCACUUGAUAUUAAGUAUCAGUUCGUUCCACAAAUUAUCUUUCUCAACAGCCUCUUUGGAUACCUUUCUAUUCUCAUUGUUGUCAAAUGGUGCACUGGUUCUCAGGCAGAUCUAUAUCAUGUUAUGAUUUAUAUGUUCUUAAGUCCUUUUGAAGCUCUUGGUGAGAAUAGGUUGUUCUGGGGCCAGAGUGUGCUUCAGGUAAUAUUGCUGCUUUUGGCACUCGUUGCUGUUCCAUGGAUGCUCUUCCCAAAACCAUUUAUUUUGAAGAGACUUCACAUGGAGAGAUUUCAAGGUCGGACAUAUGGAAUACUUGGAACCUCUGAGAUGAUGAGUAUUGAUGAUGAACCAGACUCUGCCAGGGAGUGCGCUGAAGAGUUUAACUUUAGUGAGGUUUUUGUGCACCAAAUGAUACACUCUAUUGAAUUUGUCCUUGGUGCUGUUUCUAACACUGCAUCAUACCUUCGGCUUUGGGCUUUGAGUUUGGCUCACUCUGAAUUAUCUACUGUGUUCUAUGAGAAGGUUCUCCUCCUUGCUUGGGGAUAUGAUAACAUCAUCAUACGAUUAGUGGGGCUGGCAGUGUUUGCCUUUGCGACAGCUUUUAUACUACUCAUGAUGGAGACUCUUAGUGCAUUCCUUCAUGCAUUGCGUCUUCAUUGGGUGGAAUUCCAAAACAAGUUUUAUCAUGGAGAUGGUUAUAAGUUCAACCCAUUCUCCUUUGCCUUAUUAGCAGAUGAUGACGAUUAGUACAUAGCCUUUCUUUCUCACUUUUUACUUUUGGGGAAUUCUGUGGAGAAGAAGAGUUUUUUUAUCUAGAGAAGAAGCCUGACAAGAAUUUCGGAAGGACCCAAUUUUGACUGACUGGUACAUUGUACACUCUUUAUUUGGAUGAAGCAGCUGGAUUAUGUAGGAUAGAAUUGUAAAGUUGCAGCACGUAAUCUUUUGGUAUAGCAGUACGAAAAGGGCUCUGAGGUCGUAGUUAGCUGUUGAGGAAAAGAUGUGUAAAGUUUUUCUGAUUCAUGUAAUCUUAUCUUGUUCUCCCAAACAGGGAUUCAGUCAUAGUAAUUUGUGAAGAGGGAAUGUUUUAUACCACGACAUCUUCUGAGUUUCACAUCUUUUUGUGGAGGAAACUUGCUGAUUCUGAAACUAUACGUGUACAUCUCGCAUUCAUAUCUGAAAGGGGGAGUUCUCCUUCCAGUUUUGUAAUAAUAAAGCCUUUCUUAUCUGAAAA